CCCGAGUGUACAAUCAAGCACAGAUAAACAUAUUUUCUAAUAUAAGAUUAAAAUGACCAUAUCUCUGGUGCCAAAUAAAAGCUGGGAGAGGAUUUGAAACCCGCACUUUGAGCAGAGAUGCCUGUUGGUCAUUAUGGAAGAAACCUCAAGAUCAGAUCCUGCAUUCAUAACAACUACUUUUGAUGGCUCUUACCAGGAAGUUGCCAUACUAUCAGGCAGUGUUGGUCAUUGGAGUACCCAACAGUUCAAUGGAAGUCAUAUUAUUUGGCAUGGGGGGAACGCCACUGAAUCACCAGGAAAUGGGACACUAAUGCAGGGAGAUGCAACAUUUGACCCAUUAGGAGGACACACAAUUUGGCAGGUUAUAGUAAUCGUCUUCCUCACUGGGUCACUUUCACUUGUUACCGUUGUUGGGAACAUCCUGGUUCUGGUGUCCUUCAAGAUCAAUAAGGCGCUGAAGACUGUGAACAACUACUACUUGCUGAGCUUGGCGUUCGCUGACCUGACCAUUGGCACUCUAUCAAUGAACUUGUAUACAACCUAUAUCAUCAUGAGUCAGUGGGCUCUGGGACCAGUGAUCUGUGAUUUAUGGCUGGCAAUCGAUUAUGUGGCCAGUAAUGCUUCUGUCAUGAACCUUCUUGUCAUCAGCUUUGACAGGUAUUUCUCUGUGACCCGACCUCUGACAUAUCGUGCAAAGCGCACCACCAAGCGGGCCAUGACCAUGAUUUGUUUAGCCUGGUCCACAUCAUUUAUUCUUUGGGCGCCAGCUAUCCUAUUCUGGCAGUACAUCGUUGGUGAGCGGACAGUACCGGAUAAUGAAUGCUUCAUUCAGUUUCUGUCUGAGCCCAUUAUUACAUUCUGCACUGCUAUAGCUGCAUUUUACUUGCCAGUUACGGUAAUGACAACGCUGUUCUGGAAGAUCUAUCAGGAGACAGAGAAACGAGCUAAGGAUAUACAAGGUCUGAAGGGCUCCGGUGCAGGAAACAGCCAGAGUCAAAACCACAGAAGUGGCGACAGUGUGAACAAGAGCCAAAAGGAAAAAUCAGAAACCUCAACACAACAAAUGAAUGACGGGAAUGAUGAGCAAAAUCAGCUGCCUUCAGAAAACGAUAAGGACAACUCGAGUUUACCAAGAGGAAUGAAAAGCAGAGGGAAAUUCAUCUCUUGUUUUUCAUCACAUUUAUGCAGUGGUUUUAAAAAAUCUAACGCCACCGCAGCUGCAAAGCGUUGCGGUGACAGUCUAAACAAUAAUGACGCUUCAGAGGAAGAGGAAGAAGUAAAUGAUGCAGACCAAACAAGGCUUUCAACAGAUGAAAAGAAGACUAAAAGGCCAAAGGAAAACAAUUCUGAGUUGAACAACUCACAGCCUGGUGACCCAUCCCCUGAAAAUACCUCACUGAAAGAGGGGGCCACUGUGAAAAAGUUUGCCGCAAAAGCCAAGACGGAGGUCAACAAGCGCAAGAAUGAAAAAAAAGCAAAUGACAAGAAAGCAGCAAAGACACUGAGUGCCAUUCUUUUGGCCUUCAUAACAACUUGGUUACCAUACAAUAUAAUGGUCUUAGUUAACACCUUCUGUGAAGACUGUAUCCCUGGAACUCUUUGGGCACUUGGAUAUUGGUUGUGUUACGUAAACAGCACAAUCAACCCUAUGUGCUAUGCCCUGUGUAACAAAACGUUUCGAAACACGUUCAAGAGUAUUUUAAUGUGCCAGUGGAAUCAAAACAAAAGCAAGCCUCAAUUUAAUAAAAGGAAUCCUGCAGCUUGCAGAAAGUAGAACAAAAUGAAAUAUUUUAAUUUGGAAAAUGCAAUAGCUUUUUGGAGGAUAAAUGUAAUAAUUUGGGAAAAUUAUGCAAGACGUGCUCAUCCAACAAAAAAAGACCUGUACUUUGAUCCUCGGAAAUUUCUAUACCAAAGAUAUUGGAAGUAUUCAUUGAGCUGCAGUACAGCUAUGUUAAUAGUGGAGGACAUUUACGUUUUUUUACAUCUGACUUUUGGAGGAAAUUUGUUUGAAGUCGAUGAUAGUCACAUUGAGCGUGCUCUACAGUGAGUGAGAGGAGCAUGCGGGCUUGGUUCAUUUGAAAGGUGAGAUGAGCCGCCUACAAGAUUUGGACUACCUAUUUAUGGUAGAUAAAGACAAAUCGAAGGCAGGGCAAAUUUGGAUAGCACAAUAACAAAUAAAAGUAGAUAGAGACACAGUUAAAAACAAAAAUGAUUGAACCAGGAAGACACAAACAAAUGGAUGAAAAGUCAUUUAUGUAUUCUGUAUCGAAAAGUAAGGGCAGUUAGGGUUCAUCAGCCUGUCGCGAUAUGCAAUAAGUCAAAUAAUUGCACGGUAGAGUGGUAUGAAAAAGUAUCCAAAACUUUUGUUAUUUCUCACAUUUCUGCAUAAAAUCACCAUCAAAUGUGACCUGAGCUUUGUCAAAAUCACACAGAUGAAAA